GUCACACCAUACCCUUUGCACUCGGAUCAGUUGAAAGUCUCACACACUUGCUUCUUAAGUUGUUCACUCCAACCCUGGAACCCUCAUUCACGCGCAUAUAGUCCUCUUCUGAACAACGAUGGAAGCCGGAGCAGCCGGUGUGCUUUACGCAGCCGAGAACCUCCUUGAGGCCGGUGUAGCUCUUGUCAAGGGCAUAACUCAUCCGACACUACCAAUCAAGGCAAACCUCACGCGCAUAUCCUCCGUCCCACUCCCUCGCUCGCACCACACGGUUUCGGUCGUCAAAGGCCGCGCAUACAUCUUUGGUGGAGAGACGGAAGCUGGCAAGCUCGCAGACAAUGACAUGCACGUUGUCAUUCUACCAUCGAGCGGUGUCCUCGACGCCGAUUACACCAAAUACUCAGCUCGCGCGGCAAAUGGCCUGGACGAUGUACCGAACUCGAGAAGGGGACACACAGCUGUAGUUAUUGGGGAUAGCAUCUACAUGUUUGGUGGCGAAGGAGACGGUGUAACAGAUGAGAGGGGACGGGUUUGGGUUUACGAUACCAUAUCAAACACCUGGACCUAUCUUGAUCCAGCCGAGGGCACGCUGUUUCCCAGCCAGCGAACUGGCCACGCUUCGGCGAGCUCAGACCUCCCAGGCCCCAAGACGACGACCUACGUCGAGAGGGCACCGCAAGCCCCCGCCGACCCUGCGAAGCACGUGCCCGAGCCGCCAGAAGCAAACUCAUACGGAACCAUCUUCGUGGUUGGAGGGCGCGAAUGCUCGAGCAACAAUCUUGCUAACGAUGCACUUGCGUUUGACGUCAAGACACGAACGUGGACCAACAUACCUUCUCCAUCAGGUCAGCCACGGGAAGGUGCAAGCCUGACGCUCGUCGGCAGUCGCCUCUAUCGGUUUGGUGGAAAGGGCAUCGAGACAUUUGCGUCAGGUGCGACCGAGUACGUGGACGCAUCACAUGUGUGGACACAUGCAGAGCGCGGGACUACACCCGUCACUAGUGGGUGGGGCUGGGAAGAAGUGAAGCAUAACGACAGCGAAGGUGGCAACGCUACAGCGCCCCAGGCGCGGGCAGAUGCAGGACUCGUGGGCGUCACCACAGGCCAAGGGCGACACUACUUGCUAGCUGUCGGCGGAGAGACUGAGAACGGAGAUUACCUCGACGACAUCUGGGCAUUGCAGCUCGCACCCGAGCGCUCCACGGCCGCAGCGACUAAAGAUAAUAUACGCGCAGGUAUGAAGAGGGAUACGCAUGAGUCCCAAUGGGCCGAAGCGAUAUACCGAUAUGUAGACACAAAAGGCGAAGAGGAAAAGGAGAUACCAGGAAAGCCAAAGCGAGGCCUGGGAGCGAGGGGGCACUUCGGAAUCGCCAAGGGUACAGAGGUCGACGGCGCGACGUGUGUAGUCUGGGGUGGAGUCGAUGCGCACGGCAGUGUACUGAACGACGGUUGGAUGAUUACUGUUGACAGGUAGUCCGUCACAUUGUGCGCUUGUGGAUACAAAUGAAGAACUUGGCCGACACGCAUCUGCGACCAACGAUGCCUGACUGUCUAGCACGUGGCAAACCUAUGGAUCGUCACCACUUCCUGCUCUCCACAAUACCAGACUGUUCUUGUCUUUAUAAUUUUCUGGCUUCCCCUCUUGUGUGUGCGCAUGACUUUGGGUCAGGACUUCGGACCUGCACUAUC